ACAAAAUUUUUUUGCUCAUAAAAAAUUGUUAUAAAAUCACUACUAACUACUAAGAACUUAAGAGCUGCCAUGGAAUCUCAACUUCCACAACAGAAACGGUUGUCAUAAACCCAAGCUGAGGCCAUAAAAUAUCUUGUCACCAAUUGAAUGCAACUCUACCAAGUAUCAUCAACCCCUGUAAUGUAAUGCUUUCUUUCUAUCUCAAUCCACUCUUCUCUAUUCUGUUACCAUUUUCAUGCUCUGUGAGGUGGUGAGUUGCGGGUGCCUCCUAUUUACAUAAACAUGGGGAUUCCAUUAGUUUCUUCUGCACUAUGCCACUCCUCUUCUAACGGUGUUUUCACUAGCAUGGAGUUUAUCAGGACUGAGCUAUCAGCUUCAAAUUCGUAUUCUCUUGGUCUCAAGUUUAAGUAUCAACAAUUUCACACGGGUGAAUCAACAAUGUGUAGGACACUAUGUUGUGCCAGUAGAAAGCCCAGAGGCGAAGAACGUGUGUGGCGACGAAAAACAACACCCCAGAAUGUGGAUUUCCCACCAAGACUUCCUAAGAAAAAGAAAAAACCAUUCCCUAUUCCCUUUAAGGAGAUCAGGCAGGCUGCUAAGGAGGACAAAAAACUUGCAUUGAUGGGAAUUGAGAAGCCUCUUGAGCCUCCAAAGAAUGGAUUGCUUGUUCCAGAUCUAGUUCCUGUUGCCUACGAAGUAUUUGAUGCUUGGAAGCUUUUGAUCAAAGGCCUUGCACAGCUAUUGCAUGUCAUUCCUGUACAUGGCUGUAGCGAAUGCUCAGAAGUUCAUGUAGGUCAGACUGGUCACCUCAUUCAGGAUUGUCAAGGUCCUACGAGUUCAAAGCGGCGCGGCUCCCAUGCUUGGGUCAAGGGAUCUGUCAAUGAUAUACUUGUCCCAAUUGAGUCCUAUCAUCUAUUCGACCCCUUUGGUAGGCGCAUUAAGCAUCACACACGGUUUGAUUACGACCGGAUCCCUGCUGUUGUUGAGUUAUGCAUUCAAGCUGGUGUUGAUAUCCCAGAGUAUCCUUCACGGCGACGGACCAACCCUGUACGGAUGUUAGGGAAGAAAAUACUCGACAGAGGUGGAUAUUUAGAGGAACCUAGACCAUGGAGCUCUGCAGAGUCCUCUUCUCUACUUGAAUUCGAUACUUACAGAGCUUCUGAGCGAUUUCCAUGCCCCCCGUUGUCAGACAUACCUGAAAUUGCACAAGAAACAAUAGAUGCAUAUCAAACAGUUAGAAAGGGUGUCAGGAAGUUGAUGAGGAAAUACACUGUGAAAGCGUGUGGUUAUUGUUCAGAGGUUCAUGUCGGACCGUGGGGUCACAAUGCCAAGCUUUGUGGAUCAUUUAAGCACCAAUGGAGGGAUGGAAAACAUGGUUGGCAGGAUGCAACUGUGGAUGAAGUCUUUCCUCCCAAUUAUGUGUGGCAUGCCAGAGACCCUGGUGGACCUCCCAUGAGGAAUCAACUGAAGAGAUUUUAUGGCAAGGCUCCGGCCGUGGUCGAAGUUUGCAUGCAAGCCGGAGCUCACUCCCCGGACGAGUACAAGCCCAUGAUGAGACUUGACAUUGUAAUCCCAGACAAUGAGGAAGCAAACCUGAUUGUAUGAUUAGAUUUGAGUAAAUGCAGGGCUCUUAUACAUGCAUAAUCAUGAUUCAUCAGAAAUCAGAAAAUGCUUGAUCCAUUCAGUAGAA